AUGUACCUUAGAACUAAAAAUGUAACAACAUUAGAAGACGCUUAUAGAAGCUUAUUAGAAACCAAUAUAUCCGACAGCAAGGUUCCAAACACCAACUCUCAGUAUAGGAACAAUAAUCAUACAAAUUACAGAAAUAACCAUAACAUAAAUUCUAGACAUAGUAGUAAUAAUACAAAUUCCAGAAAUAACUAUAGAAACGCAAAUAGAACUUUCAACAAUAACAAUUACAAUAACAACAUAAGAAACACUUACACAAAUAGACCAAUGGACAGAAACUACACUACUAACGAAAAGUUUAGGAAUUUUAGGCCCAACCAACAAUUUGGUGGUACAGGUAAUAAUCUACCAGGACCAUCUUAUAACGAAAAUCGGUCAAGUCCAGUUCCAAUGGAUGUGGAUUCGGGUUCCACAGAAAAUUUUCACUGUGGUCCCCCUAUCCGACAUUACCCUUAG